GAGAGCGCGCGCCUGACAACAGCAUUAAAGUACCGCCAGGUUUAUUGUACGUUUAUGUCCCAGCGUUAGUUGGAGACGGGACUGAGAGUAGGCUAACUCAAUGUCCCCCGCUUUUACCGCUUAUGCAUCAAGUGAUUUGGAGUUUCACAUUAGGAACUAAUAAUCUAAUCAGCGUCGCUGGAGGCUGAUUUGCUCCAUCGCCGCACCUCUGACUCUGCUUAAGACUGAAUCUCACAGGCUUAACCAUGCCUGUCGAAAACAGCGACCAGGAGAGCAUGCUGAGCUAUCAGAGGCCUGAUGAGGAGGUAGUGGUGGACCACGGUGGCACAAGCUCAGUCCUGAAUAUCCACUAUGAAAAAGAAGAGCUAGAAGGUCAUAGGACUCUGUUUGUGGGUGUGCGGAUGCCCAUGGCCAGAGAGUCUCACCGCCACCACCGGCCGCACAGCUCCAGACACCGCAGGAGAUCUGAGAGGAUAAGGUCUGGAAGUGUAGCUCAGGGAGAAGGAAACACAGAAAGUGCUUCACACGAUACCCCGUCCCAGAGGGUUCAGUUUAUUCUGGGCACUGAGGAGGACGAGGAGCACGUGGCACACGAGCUCUUCACUGAACUUGAUGAAAUCUGUGUUAAAGACGGCAAAGAUGCAGAGUGGAAGGAAACCGCUAGGUGGUUAAAGUUUGAGGAGGAUGUUGAGGAUGGAGGCGAGAGGUGGAGUAAACCAUACGUAGCUACGCUCUCCCUUCAUAGUCUGUUUGAACUACGGAGCUGUAUCAUUAAUGGAACAGUGCUGUUAGACAUGAGGGCCAACAGCAUCGAGGAAAUCGCAGACCUGGUGCUUGACCAUCAGGAGGCAGCUCAUGAACUGGAUGACAGUGUGAGGAUGAAGGUUCGAGAGGCACUUCUCAAAAGACAUCACCACCAGAGCGACAAAAAGAGGAACAACCUGCUACCCAUGGUCAAAUCCCUCACCGAGUCGGGCCGAAGGCAUAGUGAACCUCAUUCUAUGGACAAGACUGGCCCUGCCACCUCUCCUCAGCCUCCACCUACAAGCACAGAUGUAAAGAAUGGAACAGCACAGGAAAACGGCCAGAUGGAACUCACCAAGGUGGACACACAUUUCAUGAAGAAGAUACCCACUGGAGCAGAGGCUUCCAAUGUGCUGGUUGGAGAGCUGGACUUUUUAGAGAAAUCCAUCAUAGCCUUUGUUCGCUUGUCUCCCGCUGUACUGCUCACAGGACUUACCGAAGUUCCCAUACCCACUAGAUUCUUGUUCAUCUUGCUCGGUCCGGAUGGAAAGGCCCAGCAAUACCAUGAGAUCGGUCGCUCCAUGGCCACCAUAAUGACCGAUGAGAUAUUCCACGAUGUCGCAUACAAGGCAAAAGACCGAAGUGAUUUGUUAGCCGGUAUAGAUGAGUUUCUGGAUCAAGUGACAGUUUUGCCCCCGGGAGAAUGGGACCCUUCUAUACGGAUAGAACCUCCUAAGAAUGUCCCAUCACAGGAGAAAAGAAAAAUGCCAGGCGUUCCUAACGGAACAGUUGUUCAGGUGGAGGAGGAGCAGCAUGGAGAACAUCAUGGACCAGAACUACAGAGAACUGGGAGGCUGUUUGGAGGUCUUAUUCUAGAUGUGAAGAGAAAAGCUCCAUUUUAUCUGAGUGAUUUUAAAGAUGGUCUGAAUCUGCAAUGUGUGGCAUCAUUCUUGUUCCUCUACUGUGCCUGUAUGUCACCUGUUAUUACCUUUGGAGGACUUCUGGGAGAGGCUACAGAAGGACGUAUUAGUGCGAUUGAGUCUCUUUUAGGAGCAUCAAUGACUGGAGUAGCUUACUCUCUGUUUGCCGGACAACCCCUAACUAUAUUGGGAAGUACGGGACCUGUUCUCGUGUUUGAAAAGAUUCUCUUCAAAUUCUGCAAAGACUUUAAGCUCUCUUACCUUUCCCUGCGCACUUGUAUUGGUCUCUGGACGGCGUUCCUGUGUCUGAUUCUCGUUGCGACGGACGCAAGCUCUUUGGUCUGUUACAUCACACGUUUCACGGAGGAGGCUUUCGCCGCGCUCAUCUGCCUCAUCUUCAUUUACGAAGCACUGGAGAAACUGUUCCAUCUCGGAGAACUGUACCCGAUCAACAGACAUGGAGAACUGGACAAACUCACAUUGGCAUUCUGUAGAUGUGCAGAACCUGAUAAUCCCAGUAAUAAAACAUUAGAACUGUGGAAUAAGAGGAACAUCACAUCCACUUCAAUGUCGUGGAGCAACCUCACCGUAACGGAGUGCUUAGAUCUUCACGGACAAUUUAUUGGUUCAGCGUGCGGACACCAUGGUCCCUACACCCCUGAUGUUCUCUUCUGGUCGGCCAUCUUGUUUUUUGGUACCUUCCUCCUGUCUACCUUCCUUAAACAGUUUAAGACUAGCAGAUACUUCCCAACACGGGUACGGUCAAUGAUCAGCGAUUUUGCCGUAUUCCUCACUAUUGUUUUUAUGGUCUUCGUUGAUUACAUCAUUGGAGUCCCAUCGCAAAAGCUACAAGUGCCAAACAAAUUCAAGCCGACACGCGAUGACCGUGGCUGGUUGAUAAACCCUAUUGGGCGAAACCCGUGGUGGACGGUGCUGGCUGCACCAAUACCGGCUCUUCUCUGCACCAUCCUCAUCUUCAUGGAUCAACAGAUCACUGCAGUCAUAAUAAACCGCAAAGAGCACAAACUACAGAAAGGCUGUGGGUACCAUUUGGAUCUUCUGAUGGUUGGAGUGAUGUUGGCUGUGUGUUCUAUUAUGGGUUUGCCCUGGUUUGUCGCGGCAACUGUCCUGUCGAUCUCCCACGUCAACAGCCUAAAGCUGGAGUCGGAAAGCUCCGCCCCUGGAGAGCAGCCUAAAUUUCUGGGUAUUAGGGAGCAGAGACUGACUGGUUUGGUUAUUUUUCUUCUGAUGGGCUGCUCUGUCUUUAUGACCGGAGCAUUACAGUUCAUUCCAAUGCCAGUGCUUUAUGGUGUUUUCCUGUAUAUGGGAGCCUCAUCCCUAAAAGGCAUUCAGUUCUUUGACCGUCUGAUGUUGUUUGGCAUGCCGGCAAAACACCAGCCGGACUUUAUUUACCUACGCCAUGUUCCUCUGAGGAAGGUUCACCUGUUCACCCUGACCCAACUUACUUGCCUGGUGCUUCUCUGGGUGAUCAAAACCUCCCCUGCCGCGAUUGUAUUUCCUAUGAUGGUUUUGGCGUUAGUGUUUAUCCGUAAGCUGCUGGAUAUCUGUUUCACCAAACGAGAGCUCAGUUACCUUGAUGAUCUGAUGCCUGAGAGUAUAAAGAAGAAGAAGCUGGAUGAUGAUUCCAAAAAAGCACAGGAGCAGGAGUCACAGGAGAUGCUGGUUGAUGACUGUGAUAAAGAUGCAGUGCAGAUCCCAUUGGAGAGCAAAGCUGUGUACUCACCUAGAACUCCAGAUCCCAGGACUGAUCCCUCUGAUAUUAACAUAUCUGAUGAAAUGUCUAAAACCACUGUAUGGAAAUCCCUCAGUUCCAAUCACAAGGAUACACAAUAAAAAGGAGGUACCAAGAAGUACGUCGACAGACUGAAGAAAUUACAUACUUGGCAUCGGUUGUUUAAAACUCAGUUUUACGACUGAAUUGUAGGACUUUUUAAGUCACGUGCUAAAAAUAUGAAUAUUUUAGUUAACUAUUUCCCACACACAGAACAAAAUACAGCACAAAAAAGCUCACAGCCCUGAUUUAUGUAUAGCUGUGUGAGUAUGGUGUGAUGUACAGGUGUGUCAAUGUGUGUGAACCUAUGUGCAUAGAGGAGAACAAACUCUCUACCCAACCCAGGUUAUUUUUAAUGUUUAAUUCACUUUUAACAAACGUAAACGUCUCCGUGCUGUGCUGUAAAGCGUUGCGUGUAUAUUUUGUUUGGUAAUCGUCCGUUUCUCAUUUGUAGUAUAAUAUAACUGAUCAAAAUGUCUUCAUUUUUUGCUGUGAACUUGCUGUAUGUAACUGUAUUUGUUUAUCAUCAAAAUAACAUUCACAGAGUGCCGCAGGGAUGACAUAUUUUUGUAGGCCUACCCGGAAGUUAGCGGGACACUUCAACGUUUUGUCCAACAACAAUGAAAAAAAUUAUUCAUUUAAUUUACUCAAUUUUUUAAGGUAAGUGGUCGCAAUCAAUUUAUUUAAGCUACAUUUAAACAAAACUUUUUUGUUUUGUUUUGUAUUAAAAAAAUUCACUGUAAAAAAAAUCCGUAGAAAUUACAAUGUUAUUGCAGCUGGGUUGCCGGUAAUUUACCGUAGAUUUAAAUUUAUGUUAUUUGUUAUGGCAAGAGUUUGUUCAAAGUUAAAUAAAUUUUAAAUAUUAACAAGUCUUUAUCUUUACAGAAUAAAACUAUACAACAACAGCCUCAUGCAAAACAUUCUGGGAACCAGAAAUCAUCAUCAACCUUUUUCUGUUUUUUUUUUUUGCUUCAGAUUUUGUUUCCCAGAAUGUUUGCUUGAUGCUGUUUUUUUAGUGUUACACUGUAAAGAAAAAGACUUGUAAAUGUUUAAUGUUCAUUUAACUUUGAACAAAAUGUUGCCAGUAAAAAACAUAAACGUAAAUCUACGGUAUAUUACCGGCAACCCAGCUGCAAUUUCGGUAUUUUUUUACAGUAGCUUAAAUAAACUGAGCUAAAAAAAAAGCUUUAAAAAAUUGAGUAAAUUGAAUGAAUAAUUUUUUCAGUUAAGUUAAUCUUUAGAGACACAACCUUUUAUGAUUUUUGAAGUCUAUGGGGCGGUUUCCAGGACUGGGUUUAGAUGAAUCCAGGACUAGGCCUUAUUUAGAGAUUUAAGUAGUUUUUACAAACAUAAACUUGUUUAAUUUUUUUGCGAUAAUCCAAAAAUCUAUGGGGAAAAAAUGUAAAGGAUUUUUAGCAAGGGAACCAGUGUCCCGAUAAUUUCUGGGUUGGCCUACAACUGCGGCACUAAGUCUGUGUGUUUAAAGGGACACUCCACUUUUUUUUAAAUAUGCUCUUUUUUCAGCUCCCCUAGAGUUAAACAUUUGAUUUUUACCGCUUUGGAAUCCAUUAAGCUGAUCUCCGGGUC